AGUGGGUGCUACUUGGCAGUGGGUGAUUCUUUGAAUUUGACGUUUCUUGGGGGAAUGUCAGAGUAGCUGCACCUACCGGCAUAGACGUUUGACGUCACUGGAUUUGACAAUCCAGUUUGUUUUGAAAAAUCAAAAAUUGCCGCAAGUUUUGAAGAAAGUUCAAUUUGAAUCUCAAAAUUCAUCAAAAUGCUGUCUUCUAAAGUGAGCACGCUGUCCGAAGAUGAUCUCGUACGCUAUAAGGAUAAAAUCGCAGCUGUUGGUGGAGAAGAUCCAUAUAAUUUCCAGUACAAUGCCAAUGAGCUUCCGCUCACGGUCGACUACGACAUGAUUUUAUGCUACCUGCUUGACACGCUAUCCUUCCGAUCAAGUGAGCCGCUGAGAAACAGGAAGUCAUUGGAUUCUUACAAAAACUUUGAAAGAGGAUUUGUGAAGGAAGUUAAAGGAAAGAAAUGCGAUCAAAUUUUCGCUGUACAUGGAAAGGUAUGUUCCGACUAUUUACUGUAAAUAUUUCAUAUUUAUUUCUAACGUACCCAUUACACAUUUGAUUAUAAUGAUUUUUUUUGACUACAGGUUUUACAUAGUAUGCGAAUAAAUGAUUCACCAGCCGAAUGCUGGAUAUUGAUACAAAACGAGUGCGUUGAUGGUCAUGACGUGGGAGAAAUACGUUCUGCGCACUGUGAUUGUACAGCGGGUGCUGGAGAAACUUGUACUCAUGUAGCUGCUGUUUUGUAUGCUUUAAGCUAUGCAAGAGAAACGUGUAUGGGCAAGCAAAUAUCUGUGACGCAGCUUCCGGCUUACUGGUGCCAGCCUUCGGGGAGUGCGAAUCAAAACUUAUACAAACCAGUUGAUGAGAUUGAUUUCGGACGAUCAGUUCAAACGACUUGCGAGCUCCGCGAUUUUGAAUUGGAGAAGACCGACGAUGAUUUGAAGGCUCUGAUUAAUAAUAUAACUGCACUUGGUCAAGACGUUGCGGCGAGUGAAGCUUUUUUCGAAGCAUCAGAUACAUGUGACACUGAAAAUUAUGCGAAACGACGAUAUGCCGAACAAUAUUUAGCCUUCAGCAACCUCUUUGAAGAAAAUUUAGUUUCUGCACCAUUGGAAGAAUUGAUUGAUCGCGGUAAGGAAAUUGUAUGGACACUCGCUGAAGAUGAUUGUGAACUAGUUGAGGAACUAACACGUGAUCAGUCAUCUGAACCACUGUGGUUCAAGCUUAGAUACGGACGAAUUACAGCUUCCACAUUUGGUAGAUCUGUAAAAACCAAGAUUGAUAAUCCUUCAAUGUCACUCGUGAAAACAAUAUGCGGAUUAAACGCAGUUCAAGAAUUACCAGCAACUUUGCAUGGAAAGCGUAACGAGCACAAAGGUAUUGCAGCUGCCAUUAACAUGUUUAAGUAUAAAAACCAUGAAAAUUUUAGUAGUCGAAAGAGCGGUUUGAUUGUAAAUCCGCUCUAUUCUUAUUUCGCAGCUUCGCCAGAUUUUAUUUUCGAAUGUAGCUGUUGCACAAAGGUUGUUGUAGAAGUAAAGUGCCCAUUCAAAUUUGAAAAAUUUAGUAGAGAGGAAGGGAUUAAUUCAUUGCUAAAUAGGCAGCAUCCGUACAUAGUGCGAGAAUCAGUUGACAACAUUGCUUUGAACCAUAAUCAUGAGUAUUAUUACCAAAUCCAGAUGCAAAUAUUUUUAUCAAAUGCUUCAUAUGGAUUAUUUGUUAUUUGGGCAAAAAAUUUCACUCUGUUUAUUAAAGUUAACAAAAAUGAUGCUUUUUGGCAGGAAAAAUCCCAAAAAGCCGAACAAUUUUUUGAAAACGUUCUGGCACCAGAAAUAAUAGCAAAUCAUUUUACAUCGAUUGCAAAUAACACAAAAUAAUUGUGUGAUGGUUACAACCAUCUUGAAAGAUCUGUUAUGAAAUGUAUAUAUAGAAGGAAAUGAAACAAUAAUAAAUCUUACUCAUCUGAUACUGCACUUUACAUUAAACUCGGUUAACCACCGUGGAUUGUCCUUAUCCAGAUACUCCAUAACUCUUCAGGCAUGAUCCCAAAAUAUCGGAUUCUAUAUCACUUGGCGGCACUUCAUCUCGGUGUGUCACAUGGAAAACCUCAAUGGAAAUAUUGAUCUGGGUAAGUACCGUUCAUGGAUGGAUCCUCGUCAUCGUCGGUGGCAUAUUUGUGUUCAACGUAGUGGGAUGGUGCGACUAAACACAGCUGUGACCUUAAUCAGGUUGCCUGUCAACUAUUCCUAACACUGCUGGCCUCGAUCUUCCUACAGAAUCUUAUGCAUACUCGCUUUCCUCCUCAGAAGAAUCAAAUGUCUGUCUCCUGCCUUGUUUUCACAAAGGGAUUUAAUUUUCCUUAUUUUCCGUGCAAACCGAUCGAACUUGCUGACUGUUUACGGAAUGGAAAACAAAAAAUCACACGCUUAAACGGCUCAUCACUUUAAUCUGUAACUGUAAAGCUGUUAGUACACAGGGUCAAAUGUUUGCCCAAAAAGAUACCAAUGCUCAAACAUCUGGUUUGACUUGAUGUAAUUUUCAUUAGUGUCGAACUGAUGUUGUUUCUUGAGUUCUUUCUUUGUCAAGUAUUUGACCCUGUGUACUUGAGGCCUUAAUGUUACACAGAUGAUGUUUAUUCUUGGAGUUUUUUCCUUGUCAAACAUUUGGUUUCUUUCUGGAUAAAUAUUUAAUCCUGUGUACUGGGAUCUUAACUCUUACACAUUUUUGUGUGGUGUGGAAAUUAACACAUGGAACAUAUUUAUGUUACAGAUUUAAGUGACGAGCCGUUUAAGCGUGUGAUUGUUUGUUUUUCAUUUCGUAAAAGUUGCAGACAGUUCGUUUGAUUUCCACGGAAAAUUAGGACAAUUUAAUCCAUCGUGACAACAAUUCUUGAUUCUUCUGAGGGGAAAAGAGAGUAUACACAACAUUCUAAAGGAUGAUCACGUCCAGCAGUGUUAGAAAUUAUGGACAGAAAACCUGCCACCCGAUUAUGGCCGCACGCAGCUGGAUUGCUAGAAGUGAUUUGUGUUUAGUCGGGUGAAUACCACUACGUUGGACACGAACAUCAUAGGCAAGCAGACGUUGCACUGAAUUACUACGAUUUCACGGCGGAUUUAAAAUUAAGAUAAUUGGUCAACGGCCCAGUCAAUGGGAGUUAUUUAAAAAUAAAUGUGAGUACAAGUUUUGUUAUUUAUUACAUACAUUAUUUUGAUGCGAAUUACAAUGCUUACAGAUUGAUGUAAAUAAAUAAAAUAUACUAAUGGCAUUUUCA